UUAGCUUUUCAAGAUGUUUCGAACAGUUGUGUUUCUGUUGGUUCUCGGAGCCGUCUGGGCGUCCCUUCCUCCCUUUCAAAGCUUUGAUCAUGGGACAGAUGGCAAAAUUGUUGGAGGUCAAGCCACAGACAUUUCGAAAUUCCCACACCAAGUAUCACUCCGAAGUGGGGAUUUCCACUUUUGCGGAGGUUCGAUUUAUCGUACCAACAUUAUCAUCACCGCAGCCCAUUGUUUCUAUGGAUUACCUUGGCCGAAUCUAAACGUUGUUUCUGGGGCAUCCAAGAAAAGCGAGGGAGGAUUGAGUACAGCAGUAAAGGAAAUCGUCCUUCAUCCAUAUUUUGACGAUGAGAUAAUGGACUACGAUGUGGCUAUUCUUCUUCUCGAGGAAGGAAUUCCAUUUGAUGAUACCAGACAGCCAAUCGCCUUGCCUGCCGCGAAUUCGAAAACUGUUGAUGGCUCCAGAGCAUACGUUAGUGGUUGGGGUGCUACUUUAGAAGGAGGGUCGUCACCUGAUCAGUUGCAAUAUGUAGCUGUAAUGACUAUGGAUCGUCAGAAAUGCGCUGAAGCCUACCAAAAGGUCGACUAUCCGGUAACUGAGAGGAUGAUAUGUGCUGGUGAGGAAACCGGGGGAAAAGACGCUUGUCAAGGAGACUCCGGGGGACCUCUUGUGUUGCAGAACAAAUUGAUAGGCAUCGUGUCGUGGGGCGUGGGCUGCGCCCGCUCUGAAUAUCCCGGAGUGUAUUCAAAUGUUGCCAUUCUCCGCCAAUGGAUAGAUCAAACAGUGGAAAAACUCACGAGCGGAACUAAUGUUUAAUGGUAAAUUAUGAAGUCCAAAAAUAAAACUAACGUUAACCUGUAAAUAUGAGGCGUUUUUCAAUAAAUUUUUUGAUUGUUAUUUGAUUAAAAA